CACGUGACCUUGCCGACGACCUCUCGGCUCGGCAAUUGGGCAUCGUCCGUCAUCUGGUCCCGUUUUCGCGAUAGGUGGAAUUUAUUGGCGAACGGAGCGUUUGGGAUCGUCGUCGCUUGGUCAGGCGGGUGGACCGGUUUUAGAUUCAGACUCGCCGAAGGCUUCCGGAUCGGACACCGUCGACAAAUCCCAAUAGAUAUGAUACGAAGCACGUCUAGCCUACGUAACGGAUUGGCACGCGCGAUCAUCCGUAGUACCGUGCGAGCCAGCACCAGGUCUAUAGUCGUCCGGUGUCUUGAGAGAAAACAUGAGCAGAGUGCUUUGCGCUUGGUCUCGACACCAUGGCAGCAACAUCUCAGGUUUUACGCCGAUUAUCCGGAUCACAUCAAGGUCCCGCUUCCAGCCUUGUCUCCUACCAUGGAAACAGGAACGAUAAUCAGUUGGCAGAAGAAAGAGGGUGACAAGUUGAACGAGGGUGAUCUGCUAGCAGAGAUCGAAACUGACAAAGCCACUAUGGGGUUCGAGACUCCCGAGGAAGGUUAUUUAGCCAAGAUUUUAGUGCCCGCGGGAACAAAGAAUGUACCUAUAGGCAAACUGGUUUGCAUAAUUGUACAAGACGAGUCUAACGUAGCUGCGUUCAAAGACUUGAAAGAUGACGCAGUGCCUUCGGCACCGGCACCUCCCGCCGCAGCACCGCCGCCGACGCCUACCACAGUACCAGCUGCACCGGCUGCAGCAAGAGUUGCUCCCGUCGUACCACCUGUCGGAGAAAGAAUAUACGCUAGUCCAUUAGCAAAAAGAUUAGCGGCUGAGAAAGGACUUAGUUUACAGGGUCUAAAAGGAACAGGAUUAUAUGGCUCUAUAACAUCUAAAGAUUUAGAGGGUGCGGCGGUACGGCCAUCGGUAACGGCGCCAACUGGAGUAGAUAUUCCUGUGUCGAAUAUACGUGCGGUUAUUGCCAAACGCCUGUCGGAGAGCAAGCAGACGAUCCCGCAUUAUUACCUCUCGGUAGACGUAAGAAUGGAUGCUGCAUUGGCGAUGCGAGAGCAAUUUAAUCAAUUAUUAGAAAAGGACAAAAUAAAGUUGAGCGUAAAUGAUAUUAUUAUCAAAGGAAUGGCAAUGGCUUGUAAGAAAAUACCAGAGGGCAAUAGCGCUUGGUUGGGAGAUGUAAUUCGACAAUAUAACAACGUGGACGUUAGUGUAGCCGUGAGUACAGAUAGCGGUCUUAUCACUCCCAUAGUGUUUGGUGCCGACACAAAAGGUAUAGUUGAAAUCAGUAAAGAUGUGAAGGCGUUGGCUACAAAGGCGAGGGAAGGCAAAUUAAAACCGCACGAGUUUCAAGGAGGAACGAUUACCGUGUCCAAUUUGGGCAUGUUUGGAAUAAAAAAUUUCUCAGCUAUAAUAAAUCCUCCACAGUCCAUCAUUCUUGCUAUAGGCGCCACGGAAGCUAGACUGAUACCUGCCAAAAAUGAACAAGGUUUCACAACUGCCCAAUACAUGUCUGUAACUGCCAGCUGUGAUCACCGUACCGUAGACGGUGCUGUAGGUGCACAAUGGUUAGCCACCUUUAAAAAUUUAAUGGAAAAUCCAACGACGAUGCUUUUAUAAAAUGUUACUUCAGAUGGAAAUCUGCGUGCAGUUUAAGUAAAGUUUAAGAGGCAAUACAUGGAUAUUUCUCAAUUAUUUUCUCGCCGAGAAUGCUUCCAUGUUGACUCGAAUUAAAAAUUUUUAUUUUCAAAGCUUCCGAAAAUGGAAAAACAUUGUGGUUUUUAUGUGUGUAUGGAUAAGAAAGCCAACGAAUUUGUUGCUUCGUUCGUCGAGAGAGAGAGAGAGAUUAAAAAAUUUCAAAUUUGUUAUCGCCUAGCAAAACUGCCUCUAAAGUGGUCACGUGUACAUAUGUGUAUUUAGGAUAAUAAUCCAGCUGCAUUGUGUUGCAGAAAAUAUGAUGACUAUGUUUUAGGGGAACUAACGAUGAAAGUGUCGAAAAUGUUUAUAGUAAAUUAAAUAUUGUAUAAUAAACUCUGUAAAUCUCUUA